GUGAACCGGCCCUGUUUAUGUACGACACUGAUGGUAGCAGGACAUGGAGUUGGCGAUCUGCGCGCAGUGUGGAGUGUGUGGACGGUUGUUACGCUGUGCUCGCUGUAAGGAAGCUUAUUAUUGUUCGAAAGAGCACCAAAGGCUACACUGGAAAUCUCAUAAGAUGGCUUGCAAUAAAAGUCGGGCUGACAAGGUUGAACAACUCGCAGAAACAUCUACUACCAGUCUUUCUCCAAACGCUGUUGAUUUGCCUCAGAGUGUCCAGGAACGUGAGGAAGAUGAAGCUCAGGGAUGGAAUGUGAGUCCUAUAACUCAUGAAGGAAGUUCGGAGACUAUUAUUCUAAAUACUCAGGCAGAAAUUCUGAGCCCAGCUUUUGACUCCGGUGAUGAAGCGUCAUACACGAGUUCUAAGGGCGACAUCUCUGGUCAUACCCCUAAUCGGGAAACACCAUCGACUUCAAAGGGAACAAACGGUUUUCCUCCUUAUCUUCACAGCUUUGAAGACAGACAGAAUUUUAAUACCACUAUUGAUGAUGUUUGGAGAAUGUUAGUCGCGGAUUUGGAUCAAUUUGGCGUGUGUGUUGUAGACGCUUUCUUAGGCCCAGAGAAAGGUAGCGCCGUGUUAGAAGAAGUUAAAACAAUGUACGAGUCAGGAAUGUUUAAGGACGGUCAACUUGUUAGUGGCAAAGGAAAGAAUGAUGUGAAGACAAUUCGUGGUGAUCAGAUUACGUGGAUAGAUGGAAAGGAUAGUGCGGCAACAAAUAUUGGAUAUCUCAUUUCAAAAGUGGAUGCUGUUGUAAUGCGUGCCAAUAAACUAAGUAAUGGGAAAUUAGCGACCUACACAAUAAAUGACAGAACUAAGGCCAUGGUAGCCUGUUAUCCAGGGAAUGGAACUCAUUACGUUAAACAUGUUGACAAUCCAAAUAAGGAUGGACGGUGCAUCACUGCCAUUUACUAUUUGAACAAGGAUUGGGAUGUAAAAAAAAAUGGCGGACUUCUUAGAAUAUUUCCUGAAGAUUCAAUUAAUCGCCAAAAAGUUGCUGACAUCGAACCAUUAUUUGAUCGUAUUCUUUUUUUCUGGUCAGAUAGACGUAACCCACAUGAAGUACAACCUGCUUAUGCAACCAGAUACGCCAUCACUCUUUGGUAUUUUGAUCGUGCUGAACGGAGUGAAGCUUGCCGAAGGCACAAAGAAAUUCAUCCAGUUGAAGAGUGCAGUGACACUCAAUGAUAUAACUGCAGGGAGGAAGGUUGUAUCGUGAAGGUGAAGUGUGUGAGAACGUGAUUCCCACAGAAUUAUUGUCAUUGUACAUACAACAUUCAUGAUUGUCUAAUAUGUAUUUCUGAUUGAGAAUUACGCAUUUACGAAUUUGAACUGAUAAAAAGAAUAAGAGAACUAUUGAAGGAAAGUGUACACCUUUUCUUAAUUAAAAAUGCCAUGAUUCUUUCAAACAUAAUUUAGGAGACUGAAACGUAACCACUGUGAAUAAUCGAAGAGGAUUAUAAGUUUGUUUUUUGACAUUCUACCUGUAUUAUAAUGAAAUAUUACAAUUUACUUCUGUGUAUAAAUGCCAUCUUAAAAGUCAUUAUUUGUUAUUUUUGUGCUAAUGUGCUCAUGUCUCUUGUUUGCACAUUCAUUGAGAAGAGUCAGAAUAUGGGUUUUGUAAUUUUAAUAAGAGUAUUCAUUUGAGGCAUUAAUACUGUGAUAUACUUUCACUUAGAUAAGUGUAUCUGUAGUGUUAAAAAGAGACUCUUGUUCAAAACAAAGUAAAUUUUAAAUAAAUAUUAUCUGUCGGACCGUGUAUUGUGACUCCUCUGGUUUACUGAAUUUCACCAUGCACAUAUGCCAGUACAUUGUUUACAUGCUAAUACAUAUUCAUAGAAUGUGUGAAGUGUGGUGGUGAGAAAUACCAUGUACAUUCUGAGUUGUCAUGACUGUAUAUAUGUAACAUAAAUGCAGGAAUAUGAAAUGUCAUUAAUUGUAUGAUUGUUUGGAGAGAAGUAAAGUGUUACAUGUUAUAUUUUGAUUUGUUUUUCAAUUUAAUCUGAGGUUUAAUCAUAAGUAAUAGGAUACUUG